ACGUGUGCUCCCUGCGCUCUGCACAGCCUUCAAGGGUAACGAGCAUCUUCGCUGAUUUCUUGUUCCGGUGCUUCGUCCGGUGCGGUGGCGACAUCAAUAGAAUUUAACAGGAAGAAAAACACUUCUCUUUUAAAGGAAGCGUCUGCCAUUGCCCCUUAAGAUAAGGCAAUGACUGAAUUUCUCUUCUGCUUUAGCUGCUGUAUUGGUGAACAGCCGCAACCGCAGAGAAGACGGCGCAUUGACAGGAGUAUGAUUGGAGAACCCAUGAAUUUUGUACACACAGCUCACGUAGGAUCCGGAGAUGCAAAUGCAGGCUUUGCACUGGGUGGAUCUUUCCAGGACCAAAUGAAAUCAAAAGGUGGUUAUACACCUGGCAUCUCUGAAGUGGCACUCUGACAUUUAUAAGAAGCAAUUUUCUCAUUGAAGAAUGAAGACCUGAUCAAAAUUGUGAGAAUUUGAGAUGUGAAUAAAAAAGAAAAAAAAAAGCCAGAACUGGACAGACAAUAACCACCACAUGGCCUUCCAAUGGGAAAAAAGGAACAUUACACUUAAGAAGUUAUCUGCUUUUAGUUGAUCGGGAACUCGUACUGCAUUUUCAAUAAACAGAGACACAGAUGCAUGGCACUUGUAAUAUUUUGUUUAUCUGUCAAAAGGCACUGAAUUUAACAUUCCUGUUUGACUUUAAAACCCCCACUGGUGCUUUAACGUCAUAUGUUGAUUUAUUAAUAAUGAGCCGUGCUAGUUUUGUAUGAUGUCACAAAGUUUUGAGUGUUUUUAUGAUCACAUAUACUAAAGCUAUAAUGUUGAAAGAUUUAAGGCAUUUUGCUUUGUUUUGCUCGGUGAUUACUGUAUUUGUAAUAAAUCCGUUUGACUGU